UGUUGAAGUUUUAGUUGUUUUUUAAGAGGGAAAAAGGGCCCCUAUGUGCUUUGGGCCCCAAUGCCUUGGUUACGUUAGCUUAACGGUAGCUACGCCACUGCGUUUAAUUACGAGAAGUGUGUGAAAACGGCAUGUCACAUGACAUUUUUGUCUUGCAUUUUAGCCAUUGCUUGAUGUGUAUAAAAAGCGCUGAUAUCUAUGAAAAUUUUACUUCAUCAGAAUCCUAAGGUGCCGAUGAUUAACAUAAACUUUGAUGCACAUUUUUAAACACUUUAUUUAAGUUUGUAUUUUUAUAUUUAUAAUGUAGCCGCUCACCGUAAAUGUAUUUCAAGUCAAAUGAAUCUCAUCUGAUGUUCAAAUUUUUACCAAACUUGAAAUUAGUCGAUGAUUGAAUAAGAUUUUUUUUGUAUUUAACUGAAAGGCAAAUACACAAUGUAUCAGGCGCAAGGUCUCAUUGUUUCAACAUGGGUUUUGCUGAGUAUUCUUCAUUUUUAUAUAGAUCUACUACCAGUGAAUGGCAGCCUAAAUUCCAAGCAUAUUGACAGUAAAACAAAAAAUGUGCACAGAUAUUCAGCUUCUGUGAGUUUGAAUGACCCUUUUAUCCUGGUGGCUAAAAAGAACUUUUGCAAUGCUGAAAUUAAAAAAAAUGAUAUUAACUCGUAUAUAAUGGCUGAUACGCAUUUACCAACUUUAAAUGAGGCACAAAACAAGGAAAUUAAGAUGAGCAAAUUUAUAACAAGCAACUUUAUUCGUCGAAGUAUGGAAGGUCUUGAAGAAAUACUAGACAACUCACGAGUGAAAGUUUUUGAAAAAAUUGGUGGAGUGAUGAAUCAGAUGGUUCAUUCUAAAGAUCAAGUGAUGAAAGGUUUUGAUAAUGUGAUGGACAAAGUUUCAGAAUCUGUUUCCGAAUCAAGUCUUAGAGUGAAAACCAGUUUCAAUACUGUUUUGGACAAAAUGUCCAAAUCUAAGGAUAAAAUGAUGGUGGAAAUAGAUAAUGUUAUUGAUAAUCUUUCUGCUUCUAAGGUUUUAUCAGAAAUAAGGGCCUUACCAAGAGAAAUCCAGGAUUCUUUUUUGUUAGGUGUCCGAAAUCGAAGUUAUGUUGCAGCAGGUGUUAUGGUAGCGGCUACUACAGCUAUUCUAGUAGCAGGUGCUGUUUAUUAUGCUUGGUGUCAUCAAGACGCAUGGAACUAUCAAAUAGUACCAGUUGAAGAUAUAGCUUAUGCUACUGGUGAUGUUAUAAAACAUUGUGGAACCAGAUUUGCAGAUGGUAGUGCUACAAGCAAAGGGAUAACAUCUUGCUUCAUAAGUAGCUCCAUAACUGGUAAAAGAUUAAUGAGGAAACAUUCUGACAACAAACAUCAAAGUUGUGAAACCGCAGUUACUACAAGGCACAAUUUGACAAUUGCUCAGAAAUGUGAGUUUAAUGCUGUUCCAAUUAUAUCAGAAGAUCACCUGGACACUAAUGUAAAUUAUAAUAGUAUGCCUUGUAGUGAUGAUUUGAAUGACUGUUCAGUGUUCCCCUUCGCUAAAUUGAAAAAAUGCGAAGAGCUCCAUUCAGACACCAAUGCUAAUUCACUAGCAGACAUAAUGCAAUAAGAUAAGCUAUUU